AUGAAGAACUGUCUCCACAGAUGGAGGAAGAGGAUAAGCAUUAGUGAAGAGGAGCAGCCGUCCUGCAGUGCUCUGUGUCAAAACCUGCUGAUGGAUCCGGUCUCUACCAGCUGUGGACACUGGUUCUGCAGACAGUGCAUCGGGUCUCACUGGGCCCAGUCUACUUCAUCAGAACCCUGCUCCUGCCCCCAGUGUGGGAAAAGACCUAGAACUGGAUCUUUGACAGCCAAUCAGAGCAGCUUUGCAAUAGCAGAUGUUGGUCUGCAGGAGGUUCUAGAUGAACAUAAGAUCAGUCUGAGGAGGAGAUGUGAAUGUGUGACUGAAGGAAGUGAUAAAACAGGAAGUAGAACCCUCCUCAACAGGAUCUACACUGAUCUUUACAUCACAGAGGGACAGAGUGAAGAGGUUAAUACCCAACAUGAGAUGAAGCAGCUGGAGAGAGCUUCAAUGAUCCAGAACCUCCAUGGUUCUCCAAUCAGGUUCCACGACAUCUUCAAAGCCUUCCCUGACCAAGAUGGAGCCAUCAGACUGGUUCUGACCAAUGGCGUCGCUGGUGUUGGAAAAACCUUCUCAGUGCAGAAGUUCACUCUGGACUGGGCAGAGGGCUUGGAGAACCAAGAUUGUUCAGCUCUAGCCUGCAUGCUGCAGAUGUCAGAGGAGGUUCUGGAUGAGUUCAACCUGAAGGAGUACAAGACAACAGCAGCAGGACGACGUAGACUGAUUCCAGCUGUGAGGAACUGCAGAAAGGCUCG